CUCCAACUCUCAUGAUGCCCGUACCUGGCCAUAAACGACCAGGGGUCGAACAUACGUCCUUCCGAAUUCGUCAAUAGCCAACGCGCUUCUCGAAAAUAGAAGACGAUGUGAAUCCCCAGCGGCCGGAACGCCACCACAAAACGUCAUGCACGAAGCGAUGCGAAAGAUAGCAGAGGCCCUAUAUAUACCGAGGGUUCAAUCGACAUGUAGUCCCCAGCUUCCCUCUUCCUCGCCAUGUCGCACCCGAAACAAUACACUGCGUACGCAUUCACCGAGAAAGGCGGGAAACUGCAGAAGAUCACCGUCGACUGGAAAGAUCCUCAGCAAGGCGAGGUUGUUGUCAAGGUCCUGGCGUGCGGCGUAUGUGGAAGUGACGAAUUCGUAGAGAAUGUUGCGAUUCCGUCCAUCAAGCUUCCUCGCAUUCCAGGACACGAGAUUAUAGGCGAGGUUGUAGCCAUCCCUUCUUCUGAGAAGCUCUUCAAGGUCGGACAACGCGUCGGGUCUGGCUGGCAUGGUGGUCAUUGCUUCACUUGCAACAACUGUCGCCGGGGAAUCUUCAACCUUUGCGAGAACGAGGACAUCAACGGUAUCUCGCGCGAUGGAGGAUAUGCCGAAUACGCGACCUUAAGGUCGGAAGCAUUGUUACCCAUCCCGGACGAUUUGAAUGUUGCAGAAGCUGCCCCGCUUCUCUGCGCUGGAGUGACUACGUUCAACUCUCUUCGUCACAUGGAUACCCAACCUGGGGACAUUGUCGCCGUACAAGGCAUUGGUGGUUUGGGUCAUCUCGGUAUUCAGUUUGCGAGCAAGAUGGGUUUCCGCACGGUCGCGCUAUCAUCUUCUCCAGACAAAGCGGAUCUUGCUAAAAGACUUGGAGCCACAGCGUACAUCGACUCGUCCCAAACUGAUCAAGGCAAAGCUCUACAGGAGAUGGGAGGAGCGAAGGUCAUCAUGAUCACCGCUCAGAGCGGGAAAGCGAUUGAAGGCCUGAUCGACGGUCUCAGCCUGGAUGGACAGAUGCUCAUCCUUGGAUUCCCCGAGGCCACUCCAAUCUGGUUGCCUGCCUUGAUCGGCAAGCGUGCUUCUAUCCGUGGUUGGCCGUCUGGCUCAGCCAAGGACAGUGAGGAGACGAUCGAGUUCGCCAAAUUCGCAGGCGUCAAGUGCAUGAUCCAGGAAUUCCCCCUCGACAAGGCUCAAGAGGCAUAUGAACAUCGCGGGAAGGCUAGGUUCCGUGCAGUUAUCGUUCCAUAAAUUAGCAUCGUUCCAUAAGUCAACAAUCCAUGGAGGGUUCGAUGAAUCAAUAGAGGGUAGAAGGAAGUGACUCCUGUUCGUAGGGGAUACAAGGGUGAAUAGUAAGAGCAUCUGUAAAUUAGGCAAUCGCCGAUUAGCCACCAUUGACGUUCAAACAAAUCUGUACCUCACGGAGAGCGUUGUUCUAUAUACGUCUUUCAUUUUGGUCUGAAGUGUUGUUGAACUGCAUGCUGAUUGUUAUGAGAACAAGAGAGCUUGAGGAGUUUAAAC